GUACAUCAACAUUUCAUGCGUGUUAGCGGUAACACGUCACGUGACGUCACUGAUAAGGGUGGCUACCGGCUGUAUACUAAAGGAGCUUCUGAAAUCGUUUUGAAAAAGUGUUCUUUCAUCUAUGGACACGAGGGUCGUCUGGAGAAGUUCACACGCGACAUGCAGGACAGGCUGGUGAAGCAGGUCAUCGAGCCCAUGGCCUGCGAUGGACUCAGGACUAUCUCCGUCGCCUACAGAGACUUCGUUCCCGGCAAGGCUGAUAUCAACCAGGUGCAUAUAGACCAAGAACCAAACUGGGAUGAUGAAGACAACAUCGUUAACAACCUGACCUGUCUCUGUGUCGUCGGUAUUGAGGAUCCCGUCAGGCCAGAGGUACCGGAAGCUAUCCGCAAGUGUCAGAAGGCGGGUAUCACGGUGCGCAUGGUGACGGGAGACAAUGUGAACACGGCGCGCUCCAUCGCCAUCAAAUGUGGUAUCCUCAAGCCCACUGAUGACUUCCUCAUUCUGGAGGGCAAGGAGUUCAACAAGAGGAUCCGAGACGCUAAUGGAGAGGUACAACAAAGCCUGCUGGACAAGGUGUGGCCGAAGCUGCGCGUGUUGGCGCGCUCCUCUCCCACUGACAAGUACACUCUGGUCAAAGGCAUGAUAGAGUCCAAGGUGUUUGACACACGCGAGGUGGUCGCAGUCACAGGAGAUGGCACCAACGAUGGACCAGCGCUCAAGAAGGCUGAUGUCGGAUUUGCUAUGGGUAUCGCGGGUACGGACGUCGCCAAAGAGGCGUCUGACAUCAUUCUGACAGAUGACAACUUCUCGUCAAUCGUGAAGGCGGUGAUGUGGGGCCGCAACGUGUAUGACUCCAUCGCCAAGUUCCUGCAGUUCCAGCUCACUGUCAACGUGGUUGCAGUCAUUGUAGCCUUCAUUGGUGCUUGCGCGAUUCAGGACAGCCCUCUAAAGGCGGUACAAAUGUUAUGGGUGAAUUUGAUAAUGGACACUCUGGCGUCGCUCGCGCUGGCCACGGAGAUGCCCACAACCCUGCUGCAACGCAAACCCUACGGUCGCACCAAGCCUCUCAUCAGCCGCACCAUGAUGAAGAACAUCCUCGGACAGGCCAUCUACCAGCUCUUUAUCAUCUUCUCACUGCUAUUUGUAGGUGACAGAUUGCUAAACAUCCCGUCGGGUCGUGGUCAACCACUCGGCUCCGAGCCCACGCAGCACUUCACCAUCAUCUUCAACACCUUCGUCAUGAUGACACUCUUCAAUGAGAUCAACGCGCGCAAGAUUCACGGCCAGAGGAAUGUAUUCGAAGGACUGUUCACAAAUCCCAUCUUCUACUCGAUAUGGAUCGGCACUGCUUUGUCUCAGGUGAUAAUAAUCCAGUUCGGCGGUAUGGCGUUCAGCACGGCGGGCCUGUCGAUAGACCAGUGGCUGUGGUGCCUGUUCUUCGGCGCUGGUACCCUCGUGUGGGGUCAGCUCGUCACCACCGUGCCCACUAGGAAGAUACCCAAGAAACUCUCUUGGGGCCGAGGCCAGCCGGACCCCGAGAACAUCCAGCCCGGUCCGGACUACGACUCGGACCUGGACAAGAAGCCGCGCGCCGGACAGAUCCUGUGGAUACGCGGCCUCACGCGCCUCCAGACGCAGGUCAUAGGUGGCGAGUUACAGGAGCGCUUGAUCCCGGUGCCCUACAGCAAGACCUCAACCGAUCAAGCUAUCCGCGUGGUGAACGCGUUCCGGCAGGGGCUGGACUCCCGCGGCUCGCUGGCCGACGCCGCCCUGGCGGAGGCGCUGCGCAAGCAGACGGCGCUCGCCAAGCGCUUCUCGCACGCGUCCAGCGUCGAUUGCGAGCCGCGCGACGCCCUCGCGCCGCAUGACAUUGACGUGGAGCGCCUCUCCAGCCACAGCCACACCGAGACCGCCGUGUAGCCGCCCCCCGCGC